CUUCCCCGUUGUCCUUUUUAUCUUCAGCCACGCGUGACGGAAAAUGGUUUCUGUCACGUAAAUGUUCGCGUGUUUGUGACACUUCGAUGCCUUUCACACGUGGAGUGUCGAAGUCCGCAGAGCAAAACGUUCAUGUAGCCGCCGCCAGACGCGCAUAAAAUUGUCUUUUAAUUUUGUUUGCAGGUUAACAGGCUCUGUCAACUCAUGAGUCUUGAAUUUUUUGAUCAACUCCUGGUAGAGUUGAGUGACCAAAGUCACCCGUGCACAGUUGACCUACGGCUCUGCGGCUUGGCUUACUUCGAGUUUUACGCAGCAGCUUGUUCAUUGCAUAAUAACGUUGGCUCAUGGACAUCAAUGAAACCUUUUAUCGAUAGGGCGUAUCAAGAAAUGACCCGCUUACCGCCACCCGAGACCCUUUGCUGGCGAAGGCUAUACACAGACGCCUGCCUCUUGUGUGCCAUAUCUCAGGUUUCUGAUUUGGCACAGGAUGAUGCAGCAGCUACAGAGGCUGUUGCUAUCUUGGAUCGUGCUAUCAUUAUAGCAGGCGCUCCUGGCAGAUUGGAUUCCAUCCAUCAACUCAUCAAAAAUAUCCAAGAGAACUAUCUGACGCUGAAACCACUCAUAACCUCUUCUCACAAACAACCUCUAACACAAAUGUACCACUCUAGCGCCUUUUCCCUUUGUGUUCCUUGCAUUGACCCCCCACCAAAUGUCCUCGGGAGGCAGUGGUCACAAAAGCCAUUUGUACUCCAACGUUAUGGUUACGUACAAGGUUGGAAGGCCCUUAGUUCGUGGGCGUCUAUUGACUAUCUCCGUUCGUGGCGGGCCCUGGUCUCCCUCGACUUUCCUGAACACACAGCUCAACCCCAGAACGAGGUAUUAUACCUUGCACAACAUAACCUCUUCAUGCAAUUCCCGGCACUUGAAGGGGAUAUUGGUAUUCCCGAAUAUGUUUAUGCAUGCCCUGACCCCCCAUCUUGUUAUCCUGCUUACAAACCUCCGGGAAAUAUGGAUGGGUUGAUCAUCAAUGCAUGGCUUGGCCCAAGGGGUACCAUUUCCCCGGCCCAUACUGAUCCCUUCUUUAAUUGUUAUGUCCAAGUAGUCGGUCGCAAGACUGUUUGGCUCGCACCCCCUGAUGUUUCCAAUCUGAUGUAUCCAUUCGACACAUCGACAUCUGACACUGCUGAUAAGUCUCGCAAUCCGGCGGCCAACGUUACGGAGCCAUCGAUGUGCAAUACAUCUCGGGUGGAUGUGUUUCCUCAUUCUGCGAAGGCAGAGCAAGCGUCGCGAGAUGCUUUCCCUGAUUUUUGGAAAGAGGUGCCGCAGAAAGCUAUGUGCGUGACCUUGGCCCCCGGUGAUGUACUAUUUUUUCCUCCUGGAUGGUGGCAUGCGAUGCAGAGUGAAGAGACGAGUUUUUCUAUCUCGAUGUGGUUUUAGUUGUGGUUUUAAGAUGGUGUUGUGUACAUAUAUAUGUUGAUGGUGACCAUUACGAGCAAUGCGAAAGUCGGAGAAUGACUCAGA